CCUCCCACGCCCGAACGUUCCUAGAAGCCUUUGACGGCGUCAUCAGGGGGCUGACGGGUGUGAUGUCAUCAAUAGGGGACGGGUGCCUGCUGCCCCGGCCGCAAGGACAGGUGGUAAAAAUGGCAGAGUGUUCUGGCCUUCAGUUUGUCAGCCCCUACGCAUUUGAAGCAAUGCAGAAGGUGGAUGUUGUGCGCUUGGCAGCACUAAGUGACCCAGAGUUAAGGCUUUUGUUGCCUUGCCUGGUGCGAAUGGCCCUUUGUGCCCCAGCUGAUCAGAGCCAAAGCUGGGCUCAGGAUAAAAAACUUAUCCUUCGACUCCUUUCAGGAGUGGAAGCUGUCAACUCAAUUGUUGCCUUGUUGUCUGUGGAUUUUCAUGCCUUGGAGCAGGAUGCAAACAAAGAGCAACAGCUUAGACACAAACUGGGAGGAGGCAGUGGCGAAAGCAUCUUGGUGUCGCAGCUACAGCAUGGCCUGACCUUGGAGUUUGAGCAUAGUGAUUCCCCUCGUCGGCUUCGUCUUGUGCUGAGUGAAUUAUUGGCAAUUAUGAAUAAGGUUUUGGAGACAAAUGGUGAAUUUUUCUUCAAGUCAUCUGAACUCUUUGAGAGUCCUGUCUAUUUGGAUGAAGCUGCAGAUGUUCUCUGUAUUUUACAAGCAGAACUGCCUUCGCUAUUACCCAUAGUUGAUGUGGCUGAAGCUCUGCUACAUGUUAAAAAUGGAGCCUGGUUCCUGUGUCUCCUUGUGGCCAACGUCCCUGAUAGCUUUAAUGAAGUUUGCAGAGGCUUGAUUAAGAAUGGUGAACGUCAGGAUGAGGAAAGCCUCGGAGGCCGUCGCAGGACAGAGGCGCUUCGUCACCUGUGUAAAAUGAACCCUUCCCAGGCCCUGAGGAUCCGAGGCAUGGUGGUGGAAGAGUGCCAUCUACCAGGCCUUGGGGUGGCUUUGACACUGGAUCACACAAGGAAUGAAUCAUCGGACGAUGGCGUGAGCGACCUGGUAUGUUUUGUGAGCGGAUUACUUCUCGGAACGAAUGCAAGAGUUCGGACGUGGUUUGGGACUUUUAUCCGGAACGGGCAACAGAGGAAAAAAGAGAAUGUCAGUUCUGUGCUUUGGCAGAUGAGAAGGCAGCUGCUCCUGGAGUUAAUGGGAAUCCUUCCCACUGUUCGCAGCACACACAUUGUGGAUGAAGCAGAUGCUGACAUGGAACCAAAUGUAUCUGUGUAUUCUGGACUGAAAGAAGAGCAUGUUGUGAAAGCCAGCGCGUUGUUACGUCUCUAUUGUGCUUUGAUGGGGAUCGCUGGCCUGAAACCAACUGAUGAGGAAGCCGAACAGUUACUUCAGCUAAUGACAAGCCGUCCUCCUGCGACUCCAGCUGGCGUUCGCUUUGUAUCGCUCUCGUUCUGCAUGCUCCUGGCUUUCUCCACCCUCGUCAGUACCCCAGAACAGGAGCAGCUGAUGGUAAUGUGGCUGAGCUGGAUGAUAAAAGAAGAAGCCUAUUUUGAAAGCAUUUCUGGGGUGUCUGCUUCCUUUGGAGAGAUGCUGUUAUUGGUUGCCAUGUAUUUCCACAGUAAUCAGCUGAGUGCAAUCAUUGAUUUGGUUUGUUCUACUUUGGGAAUGAAGAUUGUUAUUAAGCCCAGCUCACUGAGCAGAAUGAAGACCAUUUUUACUCAGGAGAUUUUCACUGAACAGGUUGUCACUGCCCACGCGGUUCGUGUGCCUGUCACAGGAAAUCUGAGUGCCAACAUUACUGGGUUUUUGCCCAUUCACUGUAUCUACCAACUUCUAAGGAGCCGGUCAUUCACCAAACACAAAGUAUCCAUAAAGGACUGGAUUUAUAGACAGCUGUGUGAAACCACCACACCACUCCAUCCUCAGUUACUUCCUCUUAUUGAUGUCUAUAUCAACUCCAUUCUUACUCCUGCAUCUAAAUCCAACCCAGAGGCCACAAAUCAGCCAGUCACAGAACAGGAGAUUUUAAAUGUUUUUAAAGGACUUACAGGGGGAGAAACCGGUCGUGUUAAUCAGCGAUACAGCAUCACAGCCCAGCUGCUUGUCCUCUAUUAUGUCCUUUCGUACGAAGAGGCGCUCCUGGCUAACACAAAGACAUUAGCUGCCAUGCAAAAAAAACCCAAGUCUUACUCUUCAGCACUGAUGGAUCAGAUUCCAAUCAAGUACCUUAUCCGGCAGGCACAAGGGCUGCAGCAGGAACUGGGAGGCUUGCAUUCUGCAUUGCUGCGCCUCCUUGCGACUAACUAUCCGCACUUGUGUAUUGUGGACGAUUGGAUCUGUGAGGAGCAAAUCACGGGCACAGAUGCCUUGCUGCGACGGAUGCUCCUUACCAACACUGCCAAAAAGCAUUCUUCCAAACAACUUCAAGAAGCAUUUUCCAUGCUCCCAGGAAAUCAUACUCAAGUGAUGCAGAUUCUCGAACACCUAACGCUGCUCUCAGCUGGUGAGCUGAUCCCAUAUGCAGAGGUAUUGACAUCGAAUAUGAACCAGCUGCUGAAUCCUGGAGUCCCACGAAGAAUUCUUCAGACAGUCAAUAAGCUUUGGAUGGUCCUUAACACCGUGAUGCCUAGAAGGUUGUGGGUGAUGACUGUUAAUGCAUUGCAGCCUUCGGUAAAGAUAGUCCGACAGCAAAAGUACACUCAGAAGGAUCUGAUGAUUGACCCUCUGAUUGUACUAAGAUGCGAUCAGAGAGUCCACAGGUGUCCUCCUCUGAUGGAUAUUACUCUGCACAUGCUGAAUGGGUAUCUCCUGGCCUCAAAAGCCUAUCUGAGUUCCCACCUGAAGGAAACGGCUGAGCAGGACAUUAGGCCAUCCCAAAAUAAUAUGAUGGGCCCUGAGGCCCCAGAAGUUACCAGAGAGGAACUGAAAAAUGCAUUACUUGCUGCCCAGGACAGUGCUGCUGUACAGAUCCUUUUAGAGAUUUGCUUACCUACAGAAGAGGAGAAAGCGCAGAGCAGCAACUCUCACAGUCUGCUAAAAAAUAUUCAAAGUGCUGCUGCUGCCAUUGAACCUCCGAGUAAGGGUGUGGAAGAAGAGCAAGACAGCCUUUUGUGUAAUCUUCGAGAGGUGCAGUGUCUCAUUUGCUGCCUACUGCAUCAAAUGUACAUUGCAGAUCCCAACAUUGUUAAACUAGUUCACUUCCAGGGUUAUCCAUGUGAACUUCUACCACUGACAGUGGCAGGCAUACCUUCCAUGCAUAUAUGUCUGGAUUUCAUACCGGAGCUCAUUGCUCAACCUGAACUUGAAAAACAGAUAUUUGCCAUCCAGCUGCUUUCAUAUCUGUGUAUCCAGUAUGCAUUACCUAAAUCUCUCAGUGUGGCUCGCUUAGCUAUCAAUGUCAUGGGAACGCUGCUAACAGUUUUAACCCAGACGAAGCGCUUUGCUUUCUUCAUGCCGACCCUGCCUUGUUUGGUCUCCUUCUGCCAAGCCUUUCCCCCGCUGUACGAUGAUAUCAUGUCUCUACUGAUACAGAUAGGACAAGUUUGUGCCUCUGAUGUUGCUACACAGACUAGAGACUUUGAUCCGAUUAUUACACGUCUCCAGCAACUAAAGGAGAAGCCAAAUGAACAAUCAGAACUUUGUAAAGAUUUGUUUUAUAAGCAUGGACUAAAGAACAUGGGAAGCAUGGACCCUGAUGUUCAGUUAUGCCAGUGUAUUGAAAGGACCAUCAUUGAAAUAAUUAACAUGACUGUUAGUGGAGUUUAGGAAAAAACAAAUGAAGUCGUGCUACAGCAAGUAUGAUGUACAGUGUCUAAUGCUGGUAACAGCUGCCAAAGAGGAAUUAGGAAUUGGAUUGGAACCAAGAGUAACUUUCACUUGUUGGACUCUGCACAAAGCUGUGGACUGAUCCUGUCCAAAGAGAAUUCUUAAGGAGACCUGCACUGCUUUCCUUUGACAGCCAAUCUGCCAGUGGUCCUAAAUGAAGACUGUUUCAGUGGAGUUAGGUUGUGAAUUUGUUUUGCUUGGCUUAUGAAGCAAAGAAGGAGCAGGUUUCUAUGUAAUACCUUUCUAAAAAGCAGUCUGUGAAGUAAGCCUGAUGUUUGUUUUAGCAUGUUGACUUUUCCCACCUUGCAGCGACAAGUUUUGGGUAAAACAUGCAGGGAAAAUUGGGAUUGAAAAGCAUUAACUCAAACAGACAAAUGCAACAGAGUCUUGCAAAGCAAGAUGCAAUAAACUCCCUAAAAAGGAGCAUGGAGAAGACUGGAAAACCGCUGUAAGUUGCUUCUGCAGGUUCACCAAGUCUACCGAGAUUAAAAAUCUUUUUAUUCGCUUUUCAGACCACUGCACAAAGUUUGAGGUGAAGAGAUCAGCAACUCUCAAAACGUUAACAAACUCAUUUGCAAGAGAAAGCUUUUAAAAAAUUGGUCAGACAAGUGUGGGAUGACUUUAAAAAAGUCUUGAAAUUAAAACUUUCAACAUACGUUAACACAGUUCAAACAUCUUAUUACAGAACUUUAUUUUUUAUAAUGCUCAAUUAUCUUGAGUGUGUUUUUUAAACUAUUGCUUAGUUUAACAAAGAUGAGAGGAGCCUAAAGCACUAAAUGCAAGAGAUCUCUUGACUUAUCAUCCAGAUAGGAUUUAAAAAUCAAUGUUCUUGAGGCCAAAGUGAUUAAAGCUAAAUUGUCCUGUGAUGAAUGGCUGAUUUUUAACCAUAGCAAAGUGGUUCUAAGAAAAGAGGUAUGUGAUGGAGUGGUGUUCAGUUUGGUGCAUUAAAAGGAUCAAUCCAUCAGUACUUCAUGCACCCAGAGCUUUUGAAAGUAGCGAGUAGUUACUGCAUGCAAGAAAACUGCAGGCUGAGGCCUUUGUUCUCGCCUGCAUUGUGCCUAGUACACCCUUCAGCAAUCUUCUGCAGCCAUGCACAAGCGCUUUUGGUAUAGCAGGGUAAUAGUCUUAACUAAAGCCAUAAAUACAUUAAAGUAAAUGGCUUUAUGUGAGGUGAGGUGAGUGGAGUGUUUCUCGCAGGCAUUUUAUUAAACUUACCAUUCUAAAAGGAUGUUAUAUUAAAAUGACAGCAUCUGUGGUCUUUCACACAGAAAAAAGGUAAAAUAUUCUAUUUGAUUAAAUCUGUUUUUAUUCCCAUGAAGAAAUGGCCUGAUUCUCUUAAACUGUGGCCUUCUCUCUUCUGUAGCUUGUUCUUCAAAGGUAUCAGACAAGUGUGCAGAAAAGCUAAUAUGGAUGUUGUAAAACUAAAUGUACAUUCCAGUAUUAUUUUGGUAUUGAUUGGUCAAAGCCUGCAUUAACAAUGUGUUAAUACAUUUUUAGUAGGAAGGUGGUGUGCUUUUACCAUAUAUAUUGAUGUAAGGUAUGUAAAUAAGUUAAAUUUUAUUUGAUUUUUCUCAAGAUUCUAAUAUUUUAUAUGCUGUAGUGACAUUUUAACAGAAACCUGCUGUAUGUAUGUGUUUUGGAUGGAUUCAUAAACUUUCAAACGGAUUUGUAUGGACUGAAUGCUAAUUUCAAAUUUAAAUUCCUUUCCAAAUUGGAUGUCAGGUUAAGUGAAGCAGUACUUCCCUCAGGCCUCUGGUGCACAGAUUAAAUGGAUUAAAAACUACUGAAUUUCUUUCAAAGUCAGAACUUCCCCUCAUAAAUGGUCCAAUAGCUGAAAGGUUAGAUGUAAUUGCAUUUUAAGUUUAAAAAAAAAAAAAAAAUUACUGACUUCACUAAGUUCAGUCUUUUUUCCCCCCAGUUACUUAUCCGGGGCGGGGGAAACAUGAGUUAGGACUUCCCCCACCCCAUAUCUCUUCAGGAAAGGUUUUCCUACUCUGAAGUCACUAUGGAUGUCAAUGUGUAGACAAUUACACGAUUAAGCCUGGGUUAAUCCUGUCAACUGUACACACUUGCCCCCCUCCUUGCUACCUGUUUUUCAGAAGAAGCAGGAAAGGGGCAAGCAGGAGUCGGUGCUGGGGUGGGGGAGAGGCAGAGGAGGCUGCUGCAAAGAAUAGACUCUGUCCACGGUGACCCGGGCUUGCCGCAGACAGAGGGUGCUCUACAGUCAUAACUCCCUGCAAACAGGGACUGCUGCCACGGAGCAGCUUGUAUCUGGGGAGCUUGGACUGCUCCACAGAUGGGGUGCUGCAGCCUCUAUAUCAGAGGCAGCAAAGCGGGGCAGCAGGCGGGGGCCGGUCUGUGCGGGAUGCAGGUUUUUAACCUGGCUCCCCUUGCUACCCCACACUGCUGCCUCUAAUAGAAGGGGGCUCCCCAAGAGUGGGACUGGGAGUGCACUGGCUGCUAGCCCCACCUCCAGGGACUAUUGAAUAGUCAUGUAACUGCUAACAUUUUGUGAGAUUACAUAACUAUUCAAUUAUACGCUAUCUAACAUCCCUAGAAGGCACUCCUUUCGAGACAAACUGGUGCAUCUCACAGCAUUUCCUAUCAUUAUUUAGGCUCUGAUGAACCAAGUGGAAGAACCAGUAGGAGGGAGCAUUUGGCAGAGGGCUUUCAUCAUUUUACCAAUCAGUCCAGACAAAGACCCUCACUAUCACCUUUGACUGACAUUGCUGAAGGUGCAUUAUCUUGAGUGCCUGAAAUUUCACGUGUUUAAAACACCACACACACCUCAGAUACAACUCUGUGCUGCAAUAAGAAGACGGUUACAUCAUUACGAUUGCCAUGUCACCCCCAUUUGGAGCAUAUCAAUUUUGCUGAGUUGUCAUCUUUUCAGAAUCAGUGUGGAACAAUGUCUCACUUUAUAUAGGAUACCAAGCUAGUCUUUGAAUGACCAAGACUUUUUGUUACUGAUGAUUUGGGCUUGACUUAAACUAUCAUCAUUCAUGUAUCCAUUUGCUAGUCCCUGAGCCAUCCAUUUGUUGCAGUUAUAUUUUUUAAAAAGUGAAGAGCAAUAUUACUAGUGUAUGACUUUAACUGUUUUGUAUUCUAGGAAACCCUCACCAUUCAUGGUGGCACCACUGCAAAUGAUGAAAUUAGUGAAUAGUGGGAGCUGUGGUCUCUGGCCCCUAUGGUGAGUUCCCUGCAGCUCUCAAACUCACAGAGAGUGAAGGGGGUCAUGGGAAACUCACCACAGCUCCUGCCCCCUCAAUCCCUCUUGCCCAGACAGGAGAGCCCCGCACAAACAGGCAGAACUGCAAACAGCGAUUCUGAUAAUUGUGAUGGUCUCCUUGUAGUUUUUAUUUCGCUUAAUUUUUCAUCUCCUAUGCUAAUCCUUUCCAUGGGAUAGGAGGCUAAGGCCCUACACACAAUAUUUGACAAAAUGGGUAGGGAAGGCUGUUGGUAUGAUUAGAGCAUGGAGAGGUGGAAGAUGAAUGUAUCACAAAGUCUGGUUAAUCAAACAGCUAUCUGCACACAGGUGCCAGUUAUCAUACUUAUUGUUCACAUAGUAAUAUGAAGGUAUUUUUACAGAUCUAGUUUAAAAAAAUGGAUGGAUUGAUUGUAGUCUCCGUCCUUGACUGCUAGCCCCCUUUGCCCUCUUCCAUCAAAUAUGCACUUUUGUGUGUAUCUCUCUGAAACAUGAUCUUUUGCAGCACAGCUUUGCUGUUUGUUUUGGCCAGUGUGUGUGGUGGUAGCUCUGUCUCUUCCCUACUCCUAGUUGACUUUAGGAUACAAAUAUAUUUUGUAUGUGAAGUACUGUGCUGUAAUCAACCAACUACAUUGGCUGUUUGACUUUUCUGUUGUUUUUGUAUUACUCU